AACUGUCGUGUGAAAAUGACCCAACAAAUGCAGAAUUUACAUCUUUCUCAGUCAAAAAAGCAUAGCGCCCCUUCGUCUCCCAAUGCUGCCAAACGCCUGUACCGGAACCUCUCAGAGAAGCUGAAAGGCAGCCACUCUUCAUUUGAUGAGGCAUAUUUUAGGACAAGAACUGACCGGCUGAGUCUCAGAAAGACUUCGGUGAACUUCCAGGGCAAUGAAGCCAUGUUUGAAGCAGUUGAACAGCAAGACAUAGACGCCGUGCAGAUCCUCCUGUAUCAGUACACACCAGAGGAACUAGAUCUCAACACACCUAACAGUGAGGGGUUGACACCUCUGGAUAUUGCCAUCAUGACCAACAAUGCACCCAUUGCUAGGAUUCUUCUGAAGACAGGGGCCCGAGAAAGUCCACACUUUGUCAGUCUGGAAAGUCGAUCUAUGCACCUCGAUACACUGGUGCAGGAAGCCCAGGAAAGGGUGAGUGAACUGUCUGCUCAGGUGGAGAAUGAAGGAUUCAGUCUGGACAACACAGAGAAAGAGAAACAGCUGAAAGCUUGGGAGUGGAGGUACCGACUCUACAAGCGCAUGAAAACAGGCUUUGAACAUGCCAGAGCCCCCGAAGUGCCAACCAGUGCUUGUCUCGUGGUAACCAGCAGCACGUCACUCACUGUCAGCUUUCAAGAGCCUCUUAGUGUCAACGCAGCUGUAGUAACCAGAUAUAAAGUGGAAUGGAGCAUGUCUAAAGACUUUUGUCCUUUGGCUGGAGAAAUCAUCAUGGAAAACCUGCAGACCCUGAAAUACACAAUCACAGGACUUACAACGGGCCAACAGUACUUUGUUCAAGUGUCGGCUUAUAACAUGAAAGGAUGGGGACCUGCUCAGACCACGACUCCAGCAUGCGCUUCUCCUUCUAACUGGAAAGACUAUGACGACAGAGCGCCCAGACACAAGGGACAGAGUGAAGUUUUGGAAGGUCUGCUGCAGCAGGUCCGAGCCCUUCAUCAGCAUUAUAGUUGCCGGGAAAGUUCAAAAGUGCAAACCUCGGGCCGCAAGCCGUCAGUCUCCAGGAGCCUGAAACACCUAUUCCAUUCCUCAAACAAGUUUGUGAAGACCUUGAAACGGGGACUCUACAUAGCUGUUAUAUUUUAUUACAAAGACAAUAUGUUAGUCAGCAAUGAAGAUCAAAUACCGAUUGUUGAAAUAGAUGACUCUCACCCGAGUUCCAUUACACAAGAUUUUCUGUGGUUCACAAAGCUGUCUUGUAUGUGGGAAGAUAUAAGGUGGUUGAGGCAAAGCGUACCUAUCUCCAUGUCCUCGUCCACAGUACUACAAACUCGGCAGAAGAUGCUUGCAGCCACAGCCCAGCUACAGAAUUUACUUGGGACACACAACUUGGGAAGAGUUUACUAUGAACCCGUUAAAGAUCGGCAUGGAAACAUCCUCAUAGUCACCAUCAGAGAAGUGGAGAUGCUCUAUUCAUUUUUCAAUGGAAAAUGGAUGCAGAUCUCAAAACUGCAAAGCCAGAGGAAGUCUCUCUCAACACCUGAGGAGCCAACAGCCUUAGACAUUUUACUGAUAACCAUCCAGGAUAUUCUCUCCUAUCACAAAAGGAGUCAUCAGCGUCUCUCUCCUGGAUUAUAUCUGGGUUACCUAAAGCUGUGUAGCUCUGUGGACCAGAUCAAAGUUCUUGUUACCCAAAAGCUGCCUAACAUUCUCUGUCAUGUGAAGAUCCGUGAAAACUAUAACAUUUCCAAAGAGGAGUGGGAAUGGGUCCAAAUGCUUUCUGGCUCUGAAUCUAUGGAAAGUGUGGAUCAUACUUCUGACUGCCCCAUGCAAUUGUUCUACGAGCUCCAGAUGGCAGUGAAAGCUCUCCUUAAGCAGAUCAAUAUACCUCUACAUCAGGCAAGGCACUUCCGCCUCUACACACAGGAGGUGUUGGAAAUGGGUCACAAUGUCUCCUUUCUUCUCCUGCUCCCUGCCUCAGACGACGUCUGCACAGCCCCAGGACAGAAUAAUCCUUACACCCCACACUCAGGGUUUCUUAACCUCCCUCUUCAGAUGUUUGAACUUGUUCAUUUUUGCAGCUACAGGGAGAAAUUUAUUAGUCUGUAUUGCCGCCUUUCUGCUGUUGUGGAGCUGGAUUCUCUGAAUACCCAACAGUCCCUGAGGGAAGCAAUCUCAGACAACGAAGUUGCAGCUGCCAAACAAAGACACCAGCAAGUUUUAGAUUUCAUUCAGCAAAUAGAUGAAGUUUGGCGUGAAAUGAGGUGGAUCAUGGAUGCUCUACAUUAUGCAAGAUACAAGCAACCAGUUUCUGGCUUAUCCAUAACUAAGCUGAUAGAUCCUUUCAAUGAGCAGAACCUGAAGAAGAUCAAUUCUACAUCAUCACAUAUAGACUGUCUUCCAUCACCAUCACCAUCCCCAGAGAUGCAGAGAAGAAAGGCAGUGAGUGAUUCACAGCCCUGCUCUGACGAAGAAGGAUGCUCAGAAGUCUUCCUGCCCACCGACAGCGACUACGACUCCAGUGACGCCCUGAGCCCCCGAGACCUGGACCUGGUCUACCUGUCAUCGCACGACAUUGCCCAGCAGUCCCGAAACGGACUCAGCGGCAGUGCCCCCGACGUCCUGCAGGUGCACGAUAUGAAGCCUUCUUCGGGGCCAGGCCAAGCCACUGACCACUCAUGCGCCGAGCUUCUGCACAACCUGACCCUCACAGGCCUCCCACCCAAGAACCACGCCAAGAUGGCGCCAGGAGCACGGCCGCCGCUGGGCUUCCUGGGAAAACGGAAGUCGGCCAAGCAGCCGCACUACGGCGGCUUCAGCCGCCAUCACCGCUGGUUGCGCAUGCACAGCGAAACGCAGUCGCUGUCGCUGUCAGAGGGAGUGUACACACAGCACCUGUCUAGGGCCUGCGGCCUACCCCAGGAGCCUGAGGAGGCCGAGCGACUAGGACCUGCCCCCGAGGGGCCACGGGGCCUGGCUCUGGCCCAUGCUGCCAGCCUCCCGGAGGAGCGGAAGAGCAGCCUCAAGGACCCUAGGCCUGCGGUGCACCACAUCUACGUGGAGGACUACCGUGCAGCCCUGGUGGACACCAAACCCUGGGCUGCCUUGAGCCCUGCCGUUGUAGGCCCCUCAGGCCUGCCCAGUGCUGCUGGCCCGGAGUUGAGCCCAGAGGACCCUACCAUCUCCCCUGUGUCAGAGAUACUCAGCAGCAUGCUUUAG